AUGUUGCGGCGAUUCAUAUUGUCAUCUUCUCUUGGUUCUCAUCAUCGAUACAAUUUGAUUGUUGCUGGUGGUAUUGCUGCUAUUGUAGCUUCAUCUUCUAACAGAGGUUUAAAUUCUGGUCAUGGAGUAGUUGCUGAAAUUUUAAGAGUUUCCGAAAAUCGUUCCUAUCACACUAGUCUGUGUUUACAUCAAAAUUCCGAGGAUGUAAUUCAACAAGUGUUGAGGGAUCCUGAAACCAGCGAUUCUAUCAAGGACUUUGUUUUGGAGACUGUCAAUAUUGUUGAACGUAGGAAUAGAAAGAAGAAAAUUUCAAAGAGUGAAGAUUUGGAGAAUGUGGAAUAUUUGGAAGCAGUGAAGAAAUAUCAAAAGGAUAUCACUCAAAAGGAACCUUUGGUUAUGAAUAAUACUGAAGAAGCUAUUGACAAUGUUUUUAGGAAAUACCUCAAAUCAUCAAAAUCAGCAAAACUCUCAAAAAUCCUUUCUUUCUUUGUAAAAUAUCCAGAUGUAGCAAGAACAGGAGAAUUUUACAGUAGGUUCCUCCGUGCUAUUGGUGAAAAUUUGCAAAUAUCUAAAAAGAUGCCAAUUGAAACAAUUGACAAGAUUUUUGAGAAAAUUCAAACCAUUGAUAUUACUCCCGAUACUUAUCGUGCCUUGAUUUUGUGCUAUGCAAAUAAGGGGAAAAUGGAUGCUAUUCCAGGAUUACUCGAUAAGAUGGAUGCCCUAAUGAAAAAAGGAUUUAUUUCCACAGCUCUUUCAGAAAACGAGGUCAAACAAAACAAAGACGAAAAUACAGAAAAAACAAAGCAAGGACAGGUAAUUACUGAUAGUGAAUCAGAACUUGAAAGACAAAGAAGACAGCAACUCAGAGAUGAAAAAGAAAAGAAAUAUUUAGAAUAUUUGAAGCUAAGAUGUACUUUCGAGUCAUUUGUCCAUAAUAUGGAUCUUACUGCAGUUGAAAGAUUAAUUGUAAUGAAAAGAAACGAAUGGAUUGCUAACCACAAGUACAAUAGAACAUAUCUAAGAAUGUUGUGUGACUCUCUCGAGUUUUAUCUAUUCAACCAAAAAUAUAGGCAAGCAAAGCAACUCAUCAAUCUUGUCUACAAGUAUGAGUUACCGAGAACCAGAGGUAAAAUUAGUAGUACUAUUCCACUAGAUGAAGAUAGUUUACUCUCAAUGUCAGACAAACCAACCUCAUUGGAUGAUACUGACAGAUUUUUCAACCUUCUUCUCCGAUUUUACAAGGACAGCAAUCGUAAAUAUCUAUGCACUCAAAGUAAGAGAAUGUCUGUCUACAAGCAACAUGGAGUUAAAGUUGAUGAAAAGACACACCCAAUCAAUGAACCAUAUGAUCUCCCAAGAGAGGUACUUUCUACUAACAGACUUUUUGAAUUAACAAUUGCUGAAAUGAAAAGAGAGGGCGUUCCAUUUACUAAGAAUAUUUACAAAACUCUGAGCUCCUACUAUUACAGACAACAAAAUUAUGAGAGAUGUAUUUUCUUUUUUGAAGAUUGCUUAAGACAUGGUAUUAUCCCAUCCAAAACUUCAUUUAUUUAUGCAGAAGAAUCAUACUUGAUCACAGGGGAUGUGAAAAAGGCAAUGCAAUGUCACCAAAUGAGAGAUUUGCACUAUAGAAUAAGUGAAAUAUCACCAUCUAUCCAGAAUAUGGGUGCCUCUGCUAUACUGGAUUAUUUGUACAACUUUGAAAACCAAAAGGCUUCUAAAGGAUCAGAAAAGAAGCGCAAGAGUGGAUUCUUUAGUGAGUAUGCUCAAAAGAAGGAGCAAGACGAUGAUGAAGAUUUAAUGAGUGAAUUCAUUCCAAAGGAUCAAAAAAAGAAUUUCAAGAAAAAGCAAGUUUAUUCAUUAACAGACCUCUACUUGAAAUUAUCAGAUGCUGCCAAAAAUCAAGAAAAUUGA